UGCAAGAAAAUAAAACAAUUAUUGCAAAUUGUUCGGUAUUGCUGCAAAAUAUUAAACAAUACAAAGUAGUUUAUAGACUCAGUCAUAUUUGCCUGAUCUAGUACAUGUUUAUUCCAUAUCCGAAAAAAAGAUGAGUAUAGUCUUCAAAUUCAUAUAUUAAAUAUGGCCGAUCGAUUAACUCAAUUGCAAGACACUGUCAAUUUGCAAGCAGAAAAUUUUUGCAACGCCAUUGGCAUAAUACAACAAACAUCCUUUCCAAGCAAAUUUCCAAAUUUCGAUCGAACUGGAUCGCAAACUCCGAUACAGAAUCCGCAGCAAGAAGAUUAUGCUCAAUUAUUUGCCCAAUUGAUUUCACGAUCCGCCAAAGACAUUGACACAUUAAUUGAAUCGCUUCCAAACGAAGACAGCUCUACAGAAUUACAAAAUCAAAGUCUGAAACGUUUAGAAAUAGAAAAUCAAGAAGCGGCCGAACGCUUAGAAGAAAUAGUGCUAAAAGGUGAAGUGCUUUUAGGUAAGAUACAAAAUGCUUUAGAGGAUAUAGCACAAGCUCAAUUGAAUAUGCAAAUAACAAUGAAAAAUAACAUGAAAUAA